UCUCCAAAGUGCUUUGUGGCCGCUGCCGCCGCCGCGGUCGUCAGAGCAGCCGCUGCGGGCAAAGGGAGCCUUGCGCCGGGCGAGGUGGGGGGACGCGCGACCGCCGCGUCCCCUGCCUACUAGUGGCCGCUUCGCAGGAGGUGGCAGUCACUGCUGCUCCUGAGAAACCAGCCCUCAUUUCCACGGCUGGUCGCCUGGUGAGGAGUCGGGGCUCUGCACCUCCCGCCUGGACCCAUAUGGCUUGUUACCUGGUCAUCAGUUCGAGACAUCUCAGCAAUGGGCACUAUCGGGGCAUUAAAGGAGUCUUCAGAGGGCCCCUCUGCAAGAACGGAUCUCCUUCUCCGGAUUUUGCAGAAAAGGAGAAGGCCACAGCAAAGGCUCUGGAAGAUGUAAAGGCAAACUUUUACUGUGAAUUAUGUGACAAGCAGUAUCACAAACACCAGGAGUUUGACAAUCACAUUAAUUCUUAUGAUCAUGCUCAUAAGCAGAGACUGAAAGAAUUAAAGCAACGGGAAUUUGCUCGAAAUGUUGCUUCUAAGUCAUGGAAAGAUGAGAAGAAACAAGAAAAAGCACUUAAACGACUACAUCAGCUGGCUGAGUUAAGGCAACAAUCUGAAUGUGUUUCUGGAAAUGGACCAGCAUACAAAACCCCCAGGGUAGCCAUAGAAAAGCAACUCCAGCAAGGAAUUUUCCCAGUUAAGAAUGGAAGAAAGAUAUCAUGCAUGAAGAGUGCUCUUCUCCUUAAAGGAAAAAAUCUCCCUAAAAGCAUUUCUGAUAAACAGCGGCCCACUGUGCCAAAUCGACACCAGUUGCAAAGGGACAGAUGCUAUUUGUUUGGAAAUCGGGUUCCACAAAUAUCUUCAGAUCUCAGCAGUGUUAAUCACAGGACAGGAGUAUCCUUUUCUUUUUCUAAAAAAGUACAUCUAAAAUUAGAAUCUUCAGCAUCUGUUUUCAGUGAGAGCACAGAGGAAGCCCAUGAUUGCAACAAGUCACCCAUCUAUAAAACAAAACAAACUGUGGAGAAAUGCAAGUGCUGCCUGCUUGCAAAUGAGGAUAUACAUCUUACUAAGGAAAAAGAUGUAAACAUCUCACCAUGCCACCUGGAAAGUGUUUUACUCAAUACCUUCUCCAUAAGCUCUAAAAUUUUGCAAGACAAAAAUGGGUGUAUUGAUGAGACACUAGAAGAUUCCACUGGCAUUCAUGAUUCAUUCUCUAAAUCUAACAUUCAUCUUUCAAGUGUGGAUUUUACUCUUUCCAGCAGAGAAAAAGAGACUAGAAACACACUGAAGAACACUCCAGAAAGCCACAUUAAUCACUCAUGCCAAGCAAAUGCUUUCCCCAGCCCACUAAACAAUUACAAGCACAGUGAUGCCAGAAUAUUUGAAUGUCUGGAUGAGUUUCCAUCAUCAGAGCCAAGUGAAAAAAAAAAUAUUGUGCAUCUGAAUCCCAACUCCAGAAUGGCGAACAGAGAAAAAUCUUUAGAUGAAACAGGAAGAGUUAGCAAAAAUGUGGAAAGGCUGGUAAGAGAAGCAUGCCUCCAUGAUGUGAAGUCCAAACCAUUACCAUUUCUCCAUGUACAAAGCAAGGAUGGGCACACCACUCUACAGUGGCCUACAGAACUACUUCUCUUUACAAAAACAGAACCCUGUAUCUCUUAUGGCUGCAACCCAUUAUAUUUUGAUUUUAAGCUUUCCCGGAACACAAAGGAAGGCCGUGAUUCAGAGGACUUAAAAACAGAAUUGGAUAAGGAGCCCUCUGGAAGGAAGACUAAAAUGGAGAGCCAAGCCUCAGGUUUAAUCAAAGACCAACAAAAAGCGAUCCAAGAAGAUAAUCAAUCUCUGAAACCAAAGAUGAUGAAAGUUAGUCCAAAUUGGGAAAAUUUCCAGAGAAAUUAUCAUUUGGGCUACAAUGAUUCUGAGCCAAAAAUUGGUGAACAUAAUUUUAGUUCAAGUGAUUUGGAUAUGAAAAAUCCUAAAGUGCCUGCAUACCUUGAUCUCUCCCUAAAGGAUAACUGUGACAACAAGCCUAAAGAAUCGUCAAGAGCCCACUGGCAAAGCCGCCAAAGGGUAAUUCUAAAUAAUGCAAAUGAGGGUCUUGCUUUUACUCCCUACUCAUCUAGUACUAAAAAGCAUAAACUGAUUCCCUGUGAUGUGCAUUCUGAGUUUGAAGAUGGAAACCAACUCACUUGCAAUUCUGGUCCUUGCACAGUGGGCGGCCACAGUGACCAUGGGAAGGACUUCAGUGCAAUUUUGAAUAGUAACCACAUCGGCAUGACCAGCAGGGCUCCUGGAUGUGGAACCCGAAGUUGCGAGAAAUAUUCUCCAAAGUUGUCACUGGAUAGACAUUCUAGCCCUUCUGACACAAACCUCUGCAGCAAGUCCAGCUUGAGAAGGACUUGCUUGAGUCACAGGUCUAGUUGUAAUGGCAGAGGUAAUUUGCUCUACAUGUGUAAAGGAGAACACAAUCCAGUUGAAAGGCACAAACGGAAACACAGAAAACAUACCUGCCUCUCCUUACCUGAUGAGGUCUCAAAGAGUAACUGCCUGCAGUCUGGAACACAGAGAGGUAGAAACUACAUAAUGUGGGAAUCAUUUAGAAAUGAAAAAUACUCAAAAUAUAGAUAUGGCCACUGUAGAGAACGAUAUAAACUGGGCAAAAGUCAGGAACAAGUUUCAGAUCCAAAAUCUGGGAGAGUCAUCCGUUGUGAUGCUAGUUCACAGAUCGUCUGUGCCGGACACAGAGAAAAAGCACUUAAUUGCCAGGGGCCUCAGCACAGCAGGUUGGGCUCUUAUGCAAGAGAGAACAUUUAUUACUUAAAUAAAAGUGACAUAAGUCACGAAUCUUCAGACAGCCCCCACAUCUGUGGUGUGGGAAAAGUAAAAUCCAGGCAGUGUAACUCUGAGAAUAUCAGCUGCCUUCCAAGGAACUGCUCCAGUGGCCCCUCAGAAACCACAGAGUUGAGCUUCACAGGAGAGAGGACUCUGCUGACAGCCAGAAGCCUUUUAGAAAGAGUACAAGCCAAGAAGUGUCAGGAACAAGCAAUUAAUUUUGAGGCCUCUUCAAACAGCUGUAAAGAUGAAUUAGAGGCUCAUUCACAAAUCCAAUGCACGAUUAAAUUUGCACCACCGGGCUGUAGCAGACCAGCAUUGCCUUUUUCUGAAAAAAUUCAGAACACAAGUAAAAGAAGAAGUGAUAAAGGCAGCGCGCUUCAAAGGACCACUGAGAAAGACAAAAUUCAAAGUUCACGGACAAAUAAUUUUACUGUUUUAUCAGACACUGACUGUGAUAACCACCUUUCUAAAGGUAUAAUUCAGGUAAUAGCGGAGGCUCUGUCACCAAACAUAAGAAAUCCAACAACAAAAGACAAAUCAAAAUUUUUAGUUAGUGAACACAGACCUUUUAUUCAAAGCUGUGACCCAGUACCAAAUGAUUUUGCUGGUGCUUUUCCAUCUAACAGAUAUACUGGUGUUACUAAUUCAACAGAGACCAAAGAGGACCAAAUAAACUCAGAACUACAGGAUGUAAGCAUGCAUAUGAAUCAUGUAGAGGGGAAUAUAAACACCUACUCUGACAGAACUAUGCAGAAGCAUGACAAAGUAGAAGAUGAAUUAGAAGUAUGUCAUAAAUCUCUCUCUCCCCCUUUAAUUCAACAGCCCUUAACAUUUUCUCCUGAUGAAAUAGAUAAAUACAAGCUCCUACAGCUACAAGCCCAGCAGCACAUGCAGAAACAGCUCCUAUCAAGGCAUCUUCGAGUUUUGCCUGCCACGGGACCGUCUGCCUUCUCUCCGGCGUCUGCUGUACCCACAGUUCCAGUCCGCCAGCACGCUUCUAUCACCACCAUUCACCACACGUUCCUGCAGCAUUUUGCUGUUUCUGCCUCUAUAAAUUCCCACAGCAGUCACCUGCCUAUAGCUCAUCUACAUCCCCUUUCACAGCCACAUUUUACUCCUGUCACAUUUUCACCUCUGGCUCCAACCAUCAUCCCCACACACCACACUUUCUUAGCGGGUCAUCCCCUGCAUUUAGUUACCGCUGCCCCCUUCCACCCAUCACAUAUAACACUUCAGCCCCUGCCCCCUACAGCAUUUAUCCCUGCAUUGCUCAGCCCUCCCUUGAAUCCAGCCACAACUUCCAUCAUCCACUUGAAUCCUUUACUCCAGCCAGUGUUCCAAGGUCAAGAUCUUCGCCAUCAUUCUUGCUCCAGCCAGAUGCAACAGUUAAAUGGAGUGAGAGAGGCCUUAAAUGUGUCAGCUCACUUAAACUAA